UGCCAAGUCCUAGGGUUCUCUUUCCUAGAGGUCGGGAUACUUCUUCCCCUGCCCUACACAGGCAGCAUCGACCGACUUGGAGGAAAAAAAGCACACAAAAGCCUCUGAGCCUGAAACUAACCACAGCCUCUGUUCUCAGUGGGAGCCCCAACACUGACACCAGAAAAGAUGGUGCUGCGUUUUCCCCUCCUCCUAUUGCUGAUGGAACUGUGGGGACCAGUAUGUCCAAUUUGCGUUCAGCCUAAGCAUCUCACCAAGGCUCAUUGGUUUGAAAUUCAGCAUCUACAGCCAAAUCCUCUCCAAUGCAACAGGGCAAUGAGUGGCGUCAAUAAUUAUACCCACCACUGUAAGCCUCAAAAUACCUUUCUGCACGACUCUUUCCAGAACGUGGCUGCUGUCUGUAAUUUGCUCAACAUUGUCUGCAAAAAUGGUCGGAACAACUGCCACCAGAGCUCCAAGCCUGUCAACAUGACUGACUGCAGACUCACUUCAGGAAGGUAUCCUCAGUGCCGCUACAGGGACGCUGUCCAAUACAAACUCUUCAUUGUUGCCUGUGACCCCCCGCAGAAGAGCGACCCUCCCUAUCAUUUGGUUCCCGUACACUUAGAUAGUAUUGUCUAA